AUGCUGAGCCAUGCUUAGGGCUGCCUAUGAGAUCUGACCCCCUUCUGGUGAGUGGCCUCGCCAUGAGUUUGCACCGGCAGAUGGGCUCCGACCGGGACCUGCAGUCUUCGGCCUCCUCGGUGAGCCUGCCCUCGGUGAAGAAGGCCCCCAAGAAGAGAAGGAUUUCCCUGGGCUCCCUCUUCCGCAGGAAGAAAGACCCCAAGCGCAAGUCGAGGGAUCUGAACGGGGGCGUGGAUGGCAUCGCCAGCAUCGAGAGCAUCCACUCCGAGAUGUGCACGGACAAGAACUCCAUCUUCUCCACCUGCACCUCCUCCGACAACGGCACCGUCUCGGGCAGCAAGCCCGGCGGGGACUUCCUGGAGUGCCCCCUGUGCCUGCUGCGGCACUCCAAGGACAGGUUCCCCGAGAUCAUGACCUGCCACCACCGCUCCUGCGUGGACUGCCUGCGGCAGUACCUGCGCAUCGAGAUCUCGGAGAGCAGGGUGAACAUCAGCUGCCCGGAGUGCUCGGAGCGCUUCAACCCCCACGACAUCCGCCUGAUCCUCAGCGACGACGUCCUGAUGGAGAAGUACGAGGAGUUCAUGCUGCGCCGCUGGCUGGUGGCCGACCCCGACUGCCGCUGGUGCCCCGCGCCCGACUGCGGGUAUGCUGUGAUUGCUUUUGGAUGUGCCAGCUGUCCCAAGCUUACCUGUGGACGAGAGGGCUGUGGAACUGAGUUCUGCUACCACUGUAAGCAGAUUUGGCAUCCAAACCAGACCUGCGAUGCUGCUCGCCAGGAGAGAGCUCAGAGUCUGCGCCUGAGAACAAUUCGUUCUUCAUCCAUUAGCUACAGCCAGGAGUCUGGAGCAGCAGCUGAUGACAUAAAGCCAUGCCCACGCUGUGCUGCUUACAUCAUAAAAAUGAACGAUGGAAGCUGCAAUCAUAUGACCUGUGCUGUCUGUGGCUGUGAAUUCUGCUGGCUGUGUAUGAAAGAGAUCUCAGAUUUACAUUAUUUAAGCCCAUCAGGUUGCACAUUUUGGGGGAAGAAGCCCUGGAGCCGGAAGAAGAAAAUCCUGUGGCAGCUAGGGACACUUGUUGGAGCUCCUGUAGGAAUUGCCUUAAUAGCUGGCAUUGCUAUUCCUGCUAUGAUCAUUGGAAUCCCUGUCUACGUGGGACGAAAGAUUCACAACCGCUAUGAAGGCAAAGACAUCUCCAAGCACAAGCGGAACCUGGCUAUAGCAGGUGGUGUGACCUUGUCUGUGAUUGUCUCUCCAGUUGUAGCUGCAGUAACUGUGGGCAUUGGUGUUCCCAUCAUGCUGGCUUACGUCUACGGGGUGGUGCCCAUCUCGCUGUGCCGCAGCGGCGGCUGCGGGGUCUCGGCAGGCAACGGCAAAGGCGUCAGGAUAGAGUUUGAUGAUGAAAAUGACAUCAACGUUGGGGGAACAAAUGCAGCUGUAGACACCACUUCAGUAGCAGAGGCACGGCACAACCCCAGCAUAGGGGAGGGAAGUGUUGGAGGACUGACUGGCAGCUUGAGUGCAAGUGGCAGCCACAUGGACAGGAUUGGAGCCAUCCGAGACAACCUCAGCGAGACUGCCAGCACCAUGGCCCUGGCUGGGGCCAGCAUUACAGGGAGCCUCUCGGGGAGUGCAAUGGUUAACUGCUUCAACAGACUGGAAGUCCAAGCAGAUGUGCAGAAGGAACGCUACAGUCUGAGUGGAGAAUCUGGCACGGUUAGUUUGGGAACAGUUAGUGACAAUGCCAGUACCAAAGCAAUGGCAGGCUCCAUCCUGAACUCCUACAUCCCUCUGGACAGGGAAGGCAACAGCAUGGAAGUGCAGGUAGACAUCGAGUCGAAGCCAGCCAAGUUCCGACACCACAGCGGCAGCAGCAGCGUGGAGGACGGCAGCGCUGCGGGCCGCGGCAACGCCGGCUCCUGCUUGCCAGAGGGUAAAUCCAGCGCCACCAAGUGGUCCAAAGACGCAACAGCAGGGAAGAAGUGCAAAGGGAAGCUGCGGAAGAAGAGCAGCAUGAAGAUAAACGAGACCCGAGAGGACAUGGAUGCCCAGCUGCUGGAGCAGCAAAGCACCAACUCCAGCGAGUUUGACUCCCCCUCUCUCAGUGACAGCAUUCCCUCAGUAGCAGACUCUCACUCGAGUCACUUCUCAGAGUUCAGCUGCUCGGAUAUGGAGAGCAUGAAAACCUCCUGCAGCCACGGCUCCAGCGACUACCACGCGCGCUUCGCCGCGGUCAGCGCGCUCCCGGAGGUGGAAAACGAUCGCUUGGAGAACUCUCCACAGCCCGGUGGAGUCCCUGUGCCUGUUCCCACAGCCCCGAGCACUGAUGUUCCACAGCUGAGUUACAUUGCUGAGGAGAGCAUUACUCAUGCAUCUUCCACAGACGUAGAUUUAGGUGCUGGGGAAACACUGAAGGAAACAAACAACAACCACUCGCAGCAUGCUGUGGAACUGAGCACUGCUGUUCAGACUGAAAUCUAAGCCUGUAAGUGCUGCAGAAAUGUAUUUACCACUAAAGAACCCUGUCUGAAAGCUGGCCGAAGUACCUGCGACUCCCCUAAGCACAGGUGACCAGCAGAAGCAAGGUUUUGAUACAACUGCAUUUUAUAUCUCCUUGUCUGGUAAGGCAAAACACUUCAUGUGGAGUUGGACCUGCGUGCAGAGACAGGAAGGCUUCAACCAAGUGCAUUACAGCGGUGCAGAUCCGUCCUUGUUUUGUAUUUUUGCCACAACUUUGCUUGAAAGCAUCUACUUGGUGUAUCUAGAGAAAAACUGGUAAAAUUCUUCACAUGUUACAUGCUGAAAGGGGGGAAAUGUCCUGCACUGUUCCUUUGGGAAACAGGGGGUUGGGAUAAGUGGGUGUUAGCUGAGCAUUAGUGACUUCAAACCAUUCUUGUGUGAACUCAUAUUUAAGGGAAGCAAAAGUUUUGCAGAGACCUAUACAAAGAGAUUGCAGCAGUGAGUGUGUGUUUGAGAGCUGGUGGUGAUGCUGUUUGAUAACUGGACACACUCUCGAGUGCAUGUGGAAUGAGCUGUGGAGCUUCAGGUGGCUGCAGCCUGCGCCAGAGGCCUGCGUGUGUGCACACGGAGCAAGGUUAU